AUGGCUGGUAGUGGUGGUAGUAGUGGUGGUAGUAGUGGUGGUGGUGGUAGUAGCAGUGGUGGUGGUGGUAGUAGCAGUGGUGGUGGUGGUAGUAGUGGUGGUGGUGGUAGUAGUGGUGGUAGUAGUGGUGGUGGUGGUAGUAGUGGUAGCAGUGGUGGUGGUGGUGGUAGUAUUGGUAGUAGUGGUGGUGAUGGUAGUAGCAAUAAUGGUGGUGGUGAUGGUAGUAAUGGUGGUGGUGAUGGUAGUAGUGGUGGUGGUGAUGGUAGUAGUGGUGGUGGUGAUGGUAGUAGUGGUGGUGGUGAUGGUAGUAGUGGUGGUGGUGAUGGUGGUGAUGGUAGCAGUAGCAGUAGCAGUAGCAGUAGUAGUAGUGGUAGUAAAGCUAUUCCACCACGAGCAAACAAUGAUUAUUACGUAGCAAAAUUAAACCCCGAGAACUGA